AUGGACGACAACAGUAUUAAUAAAGAAUUAAAGCAGAAAUUAAACUUCUCCUGUUGUGAAGAUGAGAGUGAGAAUGAAGAACUGUGGGAAGUCCAGAGCCACACCCCAGGGAAGCCUGAAGCUGCGGGCUCAGGGGCCAAGUUUACACCUCCCAGGACAUCCUGUAGUGAAGUUCGAGAACUCACAUUUCAGGACAGAGGCAAAAUGAGUCCAGACCCUGCUUUGAGGACCCUGGUGUCAGAACCUCUCACGUGCCCUGCCACACCAGCCCAGCCCGAUGACAGGUACAAGCUGCUAUCCUGUGAGAGUCCCUUCACUCCCAAAGGCCAGCUGAGCCAGCCCGCGAUUGCUUCAAUGGGGAAGCUGCCCUCCCGGGGCUCUAAGCACUUCAGACUCACCCCUGCUUCCUUCACAGGUGAAAUGACCUCAUCAGCUCUGGUUAAUAUUAAUCCCUUCACCCCAGAGUCCUAUAGAAAGCAAGUCCUUCAGUCCAGAGGCAAGAGGAAAACCCAAGGAGAUCUUGAGGAGGCCGGUCCAGGGGAAGGCAAGGCAGAGCAAGGGCUGCCUGCCAAGAGAUGUGUUCUACGAGAAACCAACAUGACUUCCCGCUAUGAAAAAGAGUUCAUGGAGGUAGAAAAAAUUGGGGUUGGGGAAUUUGGUACAGUCUACAAGUGCAUUAAGAGGCUGGAUGGAUGUGUUUAUGCAAUAAAACGCUCCACAGAAUCCUUUACAGACUUAUCAAACGAGAAUUCGGCUUUGCGCGAAGUUUAUGCUCACGCCGUGCUUGGUCAUCACCCCCAUGUGGUACGUUACUAUUCUGCCUGGGUAGAAAACGACCACAUAAUCAUUCAGAAUGAAUACUGCAAUGGUGGGAGCCUGCAGGCUGCGAUAUCUGAGAAAACGAGAUCUGGCAAUCACUUUGAAGAGCCAAAACUCAAGGACAUCCUUCUCCAGAUUUCCCUGGGGCUUAAGUACAUCCACAGCUCCGGCAUGGUGCACAUGGACAUCAAACCGAGUAACAUCUUCAUUUGCCAUCAGAUGCAGAGUGACUCUCUUGAAGUCCAAGAGGAGCUCGAAAAUGACACUGAUUGGUAUCUCUCUGCUAAUGUGAUAUACAAAAUUGGAGACUUGGGUCUUGCAACAUCAAUAAGCAAACCCAAAGUGGAAGAGGGAGAUAUUCACUUCCUGGCUAAAGAGAUUUUGCAAGAGGAUUAUCAGCAUCUCCCCAAAGGAGACAUAUUUGCCUUGGGACUGACAAUUGCGGUGGCCGCGGGAGCAGAGUCCUUGCCCAGCAACGGGGCCGUGUGGCAUCAUAUCCGCAAGGGCAACCUUCCACACAUUCCUCAGGGGCUCUCAGAAGGAUUUCACAGUCUGCUCAAGAGUAUGAUCCACCCUGACCCGCGGGAGAGGCCCUCCGCAGCAGCUCUGGCUAGAAGCCCCGUUCUCCGUCCCUCCCUGGGGAAGGCAGAAGAGCUCCAGCAGCAGCUUACCUUGGAAAGGAUGAAGACAGCCAAACUGGAAAGGGAGCUGAGGGAAGCCCAGCAGGCCCUGUUCCCCCAGGAAGGCCAUAGUGACCCUGUGGACUUGGGGACCCCCACAGGGUCAAGCACCAAGCGCCUGGUGGGAGGAAAGAGCGCAAAGUCUUCAAGCUUCACCUACGGGAAUUCUUCCCCAUAG